AUGGAAUCCUUCUCGCUCGCUGCGCAGCAUGGAGGCGCCAUCAACCAUGUGCACACGAUCCGCCUGGACCCGUCGACGGCGGCGGCGGUGCGGGAGCUGCGCAUCUUGGUGACGGUGGUAGUUGCGGGAUGGGUUGCGGUGCAAGGGCUGAGGGCGUGGCGUGGGAGCUUACAGAAAGAUGUCUUGUCCUUUUAUCGGAGCUGUCUCCGCGAAAGCCGUAAAAAGCCGCCGGCGACGCGGCCACAUUUUGAAAAGUUUAUUCGAUAUGAGUUUCAUAAGAGCAUCAACUUCGAUAAAAGAGAUUUUGCUGCCAUCGAGUUCUUACUACGCAAGGGACGACGCCAGCUUGAUAUAUAUUCAUCGCCUGAUAUUAAAGAUAUACAAAUACCAGAUCAGUGA